CCGUGUGACUACGGUGUGGAAGGCAGUUGGUGGUUGAGGCAGUCAAGCCUGCGACAGAAAAAAAAAUAACCAAACAAACAAGCGAGUAUUGCUUGAACACUACAGUCCGCGAUUUAAUAAAAAGAUAUCUACAAAAGACACCGUUGGUGUAUUGAAACGUCCCUUGUUUGGCUACAGUAACUUUUUCCUGGGGUCGUGUGUCGCCGUUCCUCCCUGGUGCCAACACAAAGGGGGACUCCAUGAAAGAUGACAGAGGAGGUGAUUGUUGUAGCCAAGUGGGACUACACAGCCCAGCAGGACCAGGAACUUGACAUUCGAAAAAAUGAGCGUCUGUUCCUUCUGGACGAUUCCAAAACGUGGUGGCGCGUCCGCAACACCGCCAACCAGACGGGCUACGUGCCGUCCAACUACGUGGAGCGAAAGAACAGCCUGAAGAAAGGCUCAUUGGUGAAGAACAUCAAGGACACGCUAGGUUUGGGGAAAACAAAGAGGAAAACAAGCGCCCGUGACGCUUCGCCGACGCCGAGCUCUGACACUGAAUAUCCGACCAACGGUAGCGGGGGGACGGGAGGAGGAAGCGGCGUAGGGGCGGCGGAGAGAAUCAACGACCUCAACAUCCCCGCCGUGGUCAAGUUCGCUUACACGGCGGAGAGGGACGACGAGCUGACCUUGAUGAAGGGUUGCCGGGUGGUGGUGAUGGAGAAGUGCAGUGACGGGUGGUGGCGAGGCAGCCAGGCGGGACGUGUGGGUUGGUUCCCCUCCAAUUACGUGCAGGAGGAGACGGUAGGGGCAGAUGACAGAGAGGGGGGGGAUUCCUUGCGGAUAUAUCACACUCAAGGGACCAUGCUGGCCAACGGGAGCGUCGGCGUGCUGGACCUGGUGCAGACCCUCUACCCUUUUAGCUCCGUCACGGAAGAGGAGCUAAACUUCGACAAGGGCGAGGUCAUGGAGGUGGUGGAGAAGCCGGAGAACGACCCCGAGUGGUGGCGGUGUAAGAACUCGCGGGGCAUCGUGGGCUUGGUGCCUAAAAACUAUGUGACGGUGCUGGACGAGCGACCCGGCCCGCCGCCCUGCACGACCGUCUCGCCGCACAACCGCCAUGUGGCGCCGGCGCGCACAGGGAGGUUCGCUGAGAGGGACUGGUACUACGGCAACAUCACCCGACACCAGGCCGAGCGCAUACUUAAUGAGAGAGGGGACGACGGCGACUUCCUCAUACGAGACAGCGAGUCGUCGCCCAGCGACUUCUCGGUGUCCCUGAAGGCGGCAGGCAAGAAUAAGCACUUUAAAGUGCAGCUGUGCGAUAGCGUCUACUGCAUCGGUCAGCGCAGGUUCACCUCCAUGGAGGAGCUGGUGGAGCACUACAAGAAAGCUCCCAUCUUCACCAGCGAGCAUGGAGACAGGCUCUACUUGGUCAAAGCACUGCUGUGAAACACGCAAACACACAGGGUUGAAAUGGCGUGGAAACGUUGGUUUACUAAUCCAAGCCUUAUUUGGACCUCUUCUGCCGGCAUCGACACUACAGCCGCAUCCUCUGUCGCCCCCUGGUGCCCAUCAGGUAAAGCUCGCUCUCACUCAUCCAGCAGGUGAGCACGGAGCCCCCCCUCACCGUCGGGGUCUUAAAACUCCCCACGUGAUGUCGUACGUGUCACGUUCAAGUACGACCUAACACCUUUGCUCCUAAUGCAAACACAGUGAAAAAAUGUUGACAGCUAGACAUUGUUUUAUUAUUUGUCUUUCCGUGUCUUUCCUUUGUUUGACUUGGAUUCCUGUUCAGAGGUGUCAACCAUUGCGAUGAUGUCAGGGAGUGAGCGCAAUCUCUUUGUCACGCCAAACAUUUUUCAGUCUUCACUUCAUAUGACACACACGAUCCGCUUCUUCUAACGAAUGAAGUAAUGCGAUGGAGGUGACUGACAAAAAUGGUCUUGAUAGGGCCAAUACGUGUGCCAAAUGUUUUUUGUUUUGUUUUGGGGGUUUUUUCUCCCCCCCCGUCCGGUGUGUCCCAGCAACACAGACAAAAGUUACUCAUCUGAUUCCAAGAAAACCAAAACAUUCACUUCAUUAAUAAAGUUUCAAACAGUCAACUCUUUGUUUUCUGUUGUGGGUUAGUGACUUAUAUAUAUAUAUAUAUAUAUAUAUAUAAAAUCUAUCUGAAUGUUAUUGAGCAUUGUUAUUUAAUUCUUGUCUCCACUGUAUGUAUAUAUUCCCGAAUAUACACCAAGCGCUCGGGCGUCCAAAUAUGGUACUGUAUCACCGACUUGAUGACUAUUGAAAUGCUUUUGUUCAAUAAAAAAGAAAUAAU